UGCAUGCCCGGGCGACCCAGCUGCAAGAGGAGAUGUGCGAGAAGUUUACCGUCUGCAAGAACAGCGUGGAAAUGCUUGCCCUGAACAACCUCAACCUCCCCAAGUUGACCAAAGAAGAUGGGUGUCUGUUCGAUGGCUUCGAUGAGGAUAAAUGCUUGAGGAAAAUCUCCAGCGGGCUUUACACAUUUCGGACAUACCUUGAAUACGUCAAAGACACUUUUACCAGUGAAAGGCAAAAUGUUGAAUCAUUGUGUUACAGCACAGAGCACCUGGCACAUACCUUAAGACAGAUGGUGAUCAAUCCCAAUGAAGUGAUCAUCCCAGACCCAGCUGCCCAGAAAUCCCUCCGCGCAAGGCUGAGGUCUGAUAAGACCUGGAUCGAGAAAAUCACCACCCACCUCAUCCUCCGAGACUUUACUUCAUUUAUGGAGAAAACCGUGAGGGCCGUUCGCUAUUUGAAAAACACCAGGAGUUUCAGUGUCUGAAUGUUUUAAUUCAGGCACAGUCCUUUG